AAAAUUUCUUCUUAUAUAUAUAAUGUCAGAUAUUGAUUAGUGGAUUGAGACUCUUAAGAAUGGGGAGAAUCUGAAGGAAACGGAUGUCAAAAUACUAUGCAACAAGGCCAAGGAUAUCCUGAACAAUGAGGACAACGUCAUAAGAGUUGAAGCUCCAGUGACUGUAAAAGAAAUUCCUAUUUAGAUUUGUGGAGAUAUUCAUGGACAAUUUUAUGACUUAAUGGAGUUGUUUAAAGUCGGAGGAGAUGUUCCAGAGACCAAUUACUUAUUCCUGGGGGAUUUUGUGGAUAGAGGAUAUAAUAGUGUUGAGACAUUUUUAUUGCUCUUGGCCUUGAAAGUGAGAUAUCCAGAUUAGAUUACAUUGUAUGACAAUCAAUAUCAUAUGAUAGAAUACGAGGAAAUCACGAAUCCAGACAAAUCACUUAGGUGUAUGGAUUCUAUGAUGAAUGCUUAAGAAAGUAUAGCACUUUGAAUGUGUGGAAGUAUUGCACUGAAGUUUUUGAUUAUUUGGCUUUGGCAGCAGUAGUCAAUGACAACAUUUUCUGUGUUCAUGGUGGUUUGAGUCCUUACAUCAAAACAAUUGAUGAAAUUCGAAUCAUCAAUAGAAAGCAGGAAGUGCCUCAUGAAGGAGUAAUGUGUGAUUUGAUGUGGUCAGAUCCUGAUGGUUAAUUGUUAUAUUAAAUGUUGUAGAAAUUGAAGGGUGGAGUCAGAGUGCCAGAGGAGCAGGAUUUGUUUUUGGGGCAGAUGUCGUAAAGGAAUUCAAUCGUAGGAAUGGCAUCUCUUUGAUUUGUAGAGCACAUCAACUAGCCAUGGAAGGCUUCAAAUUGAUGUUUGACAAUUCCCUAGUCACUGUUUGGUCAGCUCCCAAUUAUUGUUAUAGGUACUUUUUCAAGUUAUGCACAACUAGAUGUGGCAACGUUGCUUCUAUUCUUGAGUUGGAUGAGAACCUUAAGAAAUAUUAUAAGCUAUUUGAGGCUGCUCCCACAGAUAGAGCAUAGAAUUCAAAAAAAGUUAUUGCAGACUAUUUCUUAUGA